AUGACUGCUCUCUACGAAUUUCAGAAGCCAUCAUGGGUAAUUCUGAUGUGUGAGAAGUAUCGAAGAGCAGCUCAUUUCAAUGUUACCCAUCGACGGCGACAGAACUUUUAUGCUCUACCAUCCAAACAAUGGGAGAUCCUUGCCGCUCCGCCCUUUUUGUUUCUGGACACACUCUUACGUGUAGACGAUGCAAUCGAUGCCAAUGCUGAUAUUGCUGACGCCAUUUUACGGGCUGGGUUAGAAGCCUUCGGUCUAGAGGAAACACCGCAAGACAAAUCCAUGGACUGGCGGGGAUUUGCUACUCCUUCUGAUCUAGAUAAAGCGCAAACAACUAUUCGCCAGCUUUAUAGAGAUUGGAGCAUUGAAGGGGCUGCCGAGCGACAGGCAUGUUACAGGCCCGUUCUAGAUAUUCUCCUAGAAGAGUUCUCGACAUGUCCAGAUAAGGGCUCAGUUAAGGUCCUCGUGCCUGGCGCUGGUCUUGGCCGCCUCGUGUUCGAAAUCAACGCUGCAGGGUUCUGCACAGAGGGAAAUGAAAUUUCGUACCAUCAGUUGAUAGCCAGCAGCUUCAUUCUCAACCAUACCCGAUGUGCCGAACAAUUAGCUCUUUACCCGUGGGCUUUGAGCUUCUCUAACCAUAGUUCACGGGAGCAUCAACUGCAAAAAGUCAUGGUCCCAGACGUCCAUCCCGCUGCCGCUCUCGCAGAAGCCUCUCAAGGAGCGAUGACGCAUGCGUUCGAGCGGCUCAGUAUGUCUGCUGCAGAUUUCACAAUGCUCUAUGGGGAUGCCGCACAUAACGCUGCCUACGAUGCGGUAGCAACUGUAUUCUUUAUCGAUACAGCACCGAAUUUAUUCGAUUAUAUCGAAACCAUAAAGAAUUGCCUACGAGAAGGGGGAAUUUGGAUAAAUCUAGGCCCAUUACUUUGGCACUUUGAAGACUCGGAUAUUGGUGCCAAACGAAAUUUGAGCAAAACAGCCGAUACAAGCGCUACGGAAGAAGGGAUACAAAUCUCAUCUGGCCACAAACGCCAAAAUUCAGCGGGAUUUGCUCACACCGGAAGCGUCGAGCUGACUGAUAACGAAGUCAUUCUCCUUCUCGAGCGAAGUGGUUUCAAGCUUGAAAAACAUAUAAAGCAACCUUUUGCUACCGGCUACAUACAAAAUCCCCGGAGCAUGCUUCAAAAUAUAUACGAGAUCUCAACCUGGGUAGCUCGAAGGAUAAAAUAA